AUGGUGAAAAUCUGCGGGGUGCGUCGGCUGGAAGACGCGCUGACCGCCGCUGAUGCCGGAGCCGAUUACGUGGGCAUGGUGUUCGUCCCCGGUCGGCGUCGUAGGAUUGAGCCUUCCGACGCGCGAUUGAUUGCCAAUGGGCUGCGUGAGUCUACGACUACCGCGCCCGAAUCGGUGGGUUUGUUCGGCGACCAGCCGUUGGACGAAGUGCUGGCAACCAUCGCGGUAUCGGGGAUCGAUUACGCCCAGUUGUGCGGCGAUGAAAGCAUCGAUUAUUGCCGCGAAGUGCAGCAUCGGGCCGGGGUCAUCAAAGUGCUGCACGUGCCGGCCGACUCCGGCGAGACAACUAUCCAUGCCCUCGACUGCCAGAUUCGCGCGUUCGCCGAUGCUGGCUGUACAGUUACGCUGGACAGUGAAGUCGUUGGGCUGCACGGGGGAACCGGCCAGUCAUUCGAUUGGCGAGUGGCGUCGGCGCUGGCCGAGCACAGGGCGUUUUUGCUUGCCGGCGGUCUGACGCCCGAUAACGUGGCUGGCGCGGUGGAAUCGGUGCGCCCCUGGGGAGUGGAUGUGUCCAGCGGAGUGGAAACCGACGGCGACAAGGAUGCGGACAAAAUCGGCCGGUUCGUGCGAAAUGCGCGGGCGAGCGGCCAGGCGUGA